AUGUAUAACUUCAGAGUGGCUAAGAAUACGAUAGCGUGUCUCAUUCCUGAGGUUUGCCAGGCUAUUUGUGAGGGAUUCAAAGAUGAAGUGAUAAAAUGUCCAACAACUCCAGAUGAAUGGACUCUCAUAACAGACGAGUUCAAGAACAGAUGGAAUGUCCCACAUGCAUGCGGUGCCCUAGAUGGAAAACACGUGGCCAUCAGAUGUCCCCCGAACAGUGGCUCGCUUUACCACAAUUACAAAAACAUCUUUUCCGUAGUGCUACUAGCACUGGCAGAUGCUGAUUACAAAUUUCUAUGGAUUGACUGCGGAGGUCUUGGUUCUAUGUCUGAUGCUCAAAUUUUUUAA